UUUUAAAGUGCUCUGCUGAAUGAUCCUUGAAAAUCCCCUUCUGGCUGCGAGUGGAUCUCUGGCUCCCACCUAGGCACCAGCACGGGCACCUAAAGCUCGGGAUACACUUGUACCUUUGUGCAAAGUUUGCCGGUAGCAGCGGCGGCGGUUUCUGGGAAUGAAGUGUUAAAGAGAGAAAGCAACUUGAACUGCUUCUUUUGAGCCGAGAAAGUGAAAUAAAAAGAUGCAUCUGUGCGCCAAGCCCAAGGCAGGGCUGCUGUAAUUGGCGCAUGAUUGCCCCUUUGCCGCUACUUGCUGAGAGUGCGGGGGCAAAAGUAACACGCUGGCUCACCCAGUGCCGGGUCACCGCAGCAUCAGCCUGGUGUCCCCUGUGGCAGCCUCGUGUAGGACUGUGAGCAGCAGCAGCAGCAGCAGCAGAAGGAUGGCAUCAGAACUGGCAAUGAGCAGCUCCGACCUGCCCACUAGUCCCCUGGCCAUGGAAUAUGUUAAUGACUUCGAUCUGAUGAAGUUUGAAGUGAAAAAGGAGCCGGUGGAGACCGAUCGCAUCAUCAGCCAGUGUGGCCGCCUGAUCGCCGGGGGAUCGCUGUCUUCCACCCCGAUGAGCACGCCCUGCAGCUCGGUGCCCCCUUCCCCGAGCUUCUCAGCCCCCAGCCCGGGCUCCGGCAGCGAACAGAAGGGCCACCUGGAAGACUACUACUGGAUGAGCGCCUACCCCCAGCAGAUCAACCCGGAGGCGCUGGGUUUCAGCCCGGAGGACGCGGUGGAAGCUCUGAUCAGUAACAACAACCAACAGCAGCAGCAGCUCCAGGCGGGCUACGAUGGCUUUGCCCGGGGGCAGCAGCAGUACGCUUCGUCGGGUGGAAUGCCCGGAGAGGACAUGGGCUCCGCAGCGGCGGUGGUCUCUGCUGUGAUCGCAGCUGCUGCAGCGCAGAACCCCCAUCACCAGCACCACCACCAUUCCGUGGGGCACCAAGUCGGGGUGCAGCCUGGGACAGGAGGCGGCGGCAGCAGUGGCAGCUCCACUGCGUCCUCGGUGGUCGGGGCUCUGCACCCACCUGCUUCCCACCACCAUCAUCACCACCACCAUCACCUGCACUUUGACGAUCGCUUCUCGGACGAGCAGCUGGUCACCAUGUCCGUGAGGGAACUGAACCGGCACCUGAGGGGGGUGAGCAAAGAGGAGGUGAUCCGGCUGAAGCAGAAGAGGAGGACCCUGAAGAACCGAGGCUACGCGCAGUCCUGCCGAUUCAAGAGGGUUCAGCAGCGGCACGUCCUGGAGGGCGAGAAGAGUCAACUGCUGCAGCAAGUGGAGCACCUCAAGCAGGAGAUCUCCAGGCUGCUCCGGGAAAGGGACGCCUACAAGGAGAAGUACGAGAAGCUGUUGGGCAGCGGCUUCAGAGAAAACGGCGCCAGCAACAGCGACAACCCCUCCUCUCCGGAGUAUUUCAUGUCAUGAGUUUUGAGCUUUGCUGUCUCACACACAAAGAGAGAGAAAGGGAGAAAAAUCACAGAAUGUUACCACCCUGAGUUCUUCACAUGAGCUUGCAAUAAAAUAUAAAAUAACACACAAAAACAAAAAUGUGAAUUUUUAGCAUAUGUGGCCGAGUUCAUCCUUUUUUCGAGAGAGUUGCUGUCCUCGGUAAAAGGAGCGUUAAAGCAACCUGCCAAAUUGAAGCCUGCAUCUGACUUCAGUGUUUUCAUGAGAGUUUUUGGCCCCAAUGAAUGAGACCGGCCUGCCAUUAAAACUCCCAUCCUCAUCUCAUGCAUUAUGCUUGCUAAUCUGUUUUAGCAACAAAGAACUGUCUUUGUCAAAAGACUUUAUGGAAAAGAGACAAUAUAUUAUAUAAGAAGGCCCUGCAUGCUGGACAUGUAUGGUAUAAUUAUUUUUUGGUUUUUAUUAUUUUUUUUUUCCUUUGAUUUUGUUUUUAUUUUCUUGCUUGGAAAUGGACUUUCUGGAGAUUAUUGGCAUGGUAUUCAUCAUUCUGUUGCUUUCUUUUAUUGCCUCAUCACUUUUUUGAGUUCCCAACAAAAAAGUGCAGACAUCCAUCCUCCCCAGUUAUAGUUUGCAUCUGCUAGAGGUAAAAUGAAAAAAAUCAAAACUGCUUUUUUUGAAAUAUGCAAAAGACUCCACUAUAAAUAUGCACAGUUUUUUUUUUCGAAAUAUGGCAAAAAGGAUUUUCCUAUUUAAAUGUGGCAAAAGAAAAAAAAAAUCAGGAACUCUGAAAAGAUGUCUUUAAAAGUCGUGUGUUCUGGGACUAAUGCUGUGAGCUAAUAAAACAUUCUCAAAUUUAUUUUUCAAACCAAUAUUCAUUUUUUUUUUUUUUAAUUUUGCAUUUGGUUACUGUCAAAUGUGGAAUGCAAUGGGAUUGUAGUCAGUCUUACUCCUGUUUCAUACAGUCUGUUAGCCCAGUGAAUAUAUCUAUAUAUAUAUAUACAUAUAUAUAUAUAUAUAUAUAUAGCGAUCUAUCUAUACUACAGGAAAGGGAAUUCAUUGGAACGAGUUAAUUCUGUCAUAGCUGUAGAACCUUUUAAAGAUUGAUGCACUAAAUUGUUUACUAUUGUGAUGUUUGGAGAGGUUAGAAAUUGCGAUGGGGUGUGUUUAUUGCAGAGAAGGUAGCUUUUCAUUUUCAGAAUGUGCUUGCAACUUACAUUUAAGUUGGGUAUGUGGAAAAACCCUUGCUUUACCACUGACUGUAUUUCAAAACCAAAGUAUUAAAAGGGGAGGCGCCUCUGUCUAUAACUUAGAGGUAUUUUACAUUCAAAAACUAUGUUUGUUUUUUGCUUUUGUUUUUUUUUUUCCCUCAGAAAAAAAAACUGAAAUUUUUGGGACUGAAUUGCACUAAGAUAUAACCUGCAAACAUAUAAUAAAUGCAAAAAACUGUUUAGAACGCUAAUACAGAUUUAUGCAGUUGUUAAACAGAAAAAGGAAAAAAAUGGCAUUACCACACAAUUUUAAAACAAAUGGCAAUUUUUAUUUGUUUGUUUUUUUACAGUUUGUGGUGCAGAACUGGAUUUUCUGUAACUUCACAAAUUCCACAGUCUUAAAGGCAAUAACCAGGAAAAAAUCUCUCUUCAGGGACUGAUAUUAUGUCUUUUAAAAAUGAGUAAACUUACCAUAAUAAAUAUAGAAAGCUGUCAGUUACCUUUUCCUUUUAUUUUUUUCUCCUUCUUCUACAUAUUUUGCUGUGCAAAAUGGUUUUAUAUUUUGAGUUACUUACGAAAAACAUGUGAUGUAUUUUGUGCUUUGUUUCAUUUCACUUCUGUGGUUAUAUUGACAGAAAAAAACAAAAAAUAAUCUACCAUAAUAAACUGCAGUUUUUUUUGAUUCUA